GGCAUUGGCAGUCACUGGUCCAUCUUAAAAGUAAAAAACUUCUCUCUUCAACCAAAAUACACGCAAUUUGCUAUCUCUUUCUAUGACAUCGAUCAAUUGAAAAAGAAGGGGGGAAAAUAAAGCUAAAAAAAGUUUCAGAUCCAAACCAUAACUCUCUCUAUAACUUCCCCCUCUCACACUUUUUUCGAUCCAAGUAGCUCGUCUUCAAUUUUGUUUUUCAAUGUAAAGAGCAAAACCCUAGUUUUCUCCCUGAACUCUGGCAGCUUAGCACAAAAACCCGAGAAAUUAUCAUCUCGAUUUUAUGAGCUUUCACUGGGUUCGUUGUUUUGACUGACACGUAUAUUCAGGAUGUGCUGGUUUCUGUGUAAAUAGGAGAGGCAGCUAGAGCUAAACUGUUAAGGAGUAUUUCGUGUAUUCUCAUCUUUAAAUUUGUGUAGAAAUGAGCUUAGAAUGUGAAGAGCAACAUUCAUUAGAUCAGCGUGCGGAUACCAGCAAGGAAUCUCAAAAGAAAUCUAGAAUUUCAUAUGCUAGAGAUUUUCUGCUGUCAUUGAGUGAUCUGGAUGUUUGCAAAAAGUUACCCCCGGGAUUUGAUAAAUCAAUUUUUAGUGAAUUUGAGGAUACAUCGCAAGAUCGGCAAAGAAUUCCUGGCACCUUCUCAGCUUACAGGCGAAAUGAAUGUAGUUCAUCACCGCCGACAAGAGGGGAAUCAGGUAACUAUUCCCGGGGCAUUCAUGGACGGUGGGACAGUCGCUCUAGUGGAAAGAGUGAUAGAGACAGUGAUACCCAGUCUGAUUUGGACUCUGAUCCUAGAAGACGCCAUGGUAAUCAAUCCCAGCAGUCUUGCCAUGGUCCUGAGAAUGACGGGCUUCUGGGGAGUGGUUCUUUUCCUCGACCAUCUGGAUUUACAGCAGGAGCUUCUGCACCAAAGUUUCGAGCUAAUGAUCAAUACCAUCUAAAUAAAAGUAAUGAGCCAUACCACCCACCCCGUCCUUAUAAGGCUGUACCUCAUUCAAGGAGGGAAACUCAUGACUCAUAUAAUGAUGAAACAUUUGGCUCCACUGAGUGCACUAGUGAAGACAGAGCAGAAGAGGAAAGAACAAGAAGAGCUUCCUUUGAGUCAUGGAGGAAGGAACAACAAAGAGCAUUCCAGGAGAAGAAGAUUAAUCCUGAAAGGCGUAAAUAUGACUUCGAUUUUUCUGAAUUGCUAAUGGACUCCAAAGAUGACAACGGACUUGCAAACAGAAGCAAGGAAUCAGAUGAACCUAUUCCAACAUCAAAUAAUAUUUCUGAAAAAUCAUUUCUUCCUGUACAAACUCUUGCUUCCAGACCACUUGUACCACCUGGUUUUGCAAGCACAAUUUUGGAGAAGAAUAUUGGAGGGAAAACUUCAAUGUACUCCCAUUCUUCACGUGUUGGGAGUUUUGAGAUGGAGGGAAACCUUACAGAGUCCAAAGGCAGCCUUCUCUAUAAUGGGAUUUCUGAUGAUCUUUUGGCAAAACAGACUAAGCUGCAUGAAGAGGAAACUUUGAGUGAGCAGAGGCUUGAAAAUAAAAACAUUCACCUUUUAUACGAUAAUAAGAGUGCUAAUGCUUCAAGUUUCUCAUCAGCUUUAGAUAAAUUUAAUGAGACCGUUAGCAAGGAUUCUCAUAUAUACAAGAGUUCUAGCCUUUCAGAAGUCUUUGUAGCCCCAGGAAACAGUGGAGUUACUGAACUUGAUUCCAAGAAGCUGCUAGCAGAUAAAAUGUUGCCUGAAACCAGCCAAGACGGUUCAACUUCAAUUCUAGACAUUUUUGGCAGUGCUGUUAUAGCAGAUGGAGGUGGCUUCACUGAUAUCACUGAGCCUAAUGAUAGCAAUACUGAUGUGACAUUGUCCCUUGAAAGUUCCCGUUCUAAGUUCACUCAUUUGUUUCUUGAUGAAGAGAAGAAACCAAUAGAUGAUCUCUCCCCUGGCAAGCCAAAAGACCUGCUUUCAUUAAUUCAGGGAGGUGAGAAAGGCGGUUCCCAUGAUAGGAUGGCUAGUAAGCAUGUUGUAUCAAACUUUCCAUUUCAAAUCUCUGAACUUGCGGACAGGCAUGUUAGAUCAAAUUUGACAUCGACUGGAAUUGUGAACUUCGAGCAAUCAUGGAAUAUUAAUGAUGUUAACGAAGCAGCAGCAGUUCCAGCCGUCCUUACAUGUGAGGAUCUUGAAAAGUCAAUUCUGUCAGAAAGCGCGGAAAAUGAUCCGAGUUUGCCUUCUGCUACUGAAGGAUGGAAAAUUCCUGAUGCCAGAUGUGAGAAGAAAGAAGUUAAUGUCGACAAUCAUGCAACCCAGCACCUUCUUUCAUUGUUACAAAAUAAAACAAGUACAAAAACUAAAGUAUCAUCUGCCAAUCAUGACAUCAGGUCUUCAGAAAGGGUGCAAACUGCUGACAUAGCACCUUGUGAUUCAAUAGACACAAAUGCAGAAAAUGCUUCUGGUUCAGGGAAGAGUCCGACUCUUGAAGCACUUUUUGGAAGUGCUUUCAUGAAGGAACUACAAUCAAGUCUGCUAGAGUUGAUGUAUUCGAAUCUAACAGGCUUCCCCUUAAUGUCGGAGAUGAUAGUCUUCUUCCUUCCGCUGAUCAUGUCGGGUCAAACAGGGAUAAUUUUGAAAAAAAUAAUUUACCAUUUUACGCAAAGAGAACAAAUGAAUUUUGAUGGCAUUGGAGGCCAUUUGUCACAUCUCCGAGCUGGAUUAGGAUCUAAACUUGGUUUUGACGGAUCUGCUGAAAUUGGGCUUCCUGAAGAGGAUAGCGUGCUUGGUGGUAGUAAUCCUGUGAAGCUCCUGAAUUUCAUGGCUGGUAGUGUAAAACCAGAGCUCUUGCCCUUCCAAGAGGCACCGAUUGAAGUAGCCGAGAAACUAGCAGCGUUAAAGGCUGUCUUCCAAAAUGAAAGAGCUGUUGUGGGAGGGAAAGAAGGUCCAAAUUUUCUUCCCGGUCCUUAUGAUACGAGGGAGCCAGAUAUUCUGAUUCAUAACCGUAAUAUCCAAGCAUCUUCUCCACACCUUCGUCCUCAAUUGAAUUAUGGAGGUCCUUUGUUUCAUUCAUUAGACUCACAUCCUUCUAUCAGUUCUCAGAUGAAGUUCAUGGCUCCAGAAGGCAUCAUCCAUCAUAAUGCCCCACCAAAUCAUCAAUUUCCAGCAAGUGGACUAACUGGAUUUGAUCCUCCAAUUCAUCAUCCUAUGUUACAACGAAUGCAUAUGCCUGGAAACUUCCCUCCACCCAACUUGCAACGAGGAUUUUCUUGUGUUGAACCGCUGCCACCUCAUUCAAAUAAUCAGAUGACUGGUUUGAUACCGGAAUUGAAUCCAAUGAACAGUUUUCAAUCGGGGCAUGGUCACCGGUCGCUCCAACCCAACUUUGCUGGUCUUGGAAUGCCUCCUGGGCAUGACGGCAGUGGGAGCCAUCAUCCAGAGCCAUUGCAGAGGCUUAUUGAGAUGGAACUCAGGUCGAAGUCAAAGCAGAUCGACCCUUUCUGUGCAUCCGGCUAUAGUCAGGGCCAAGGGAUGUAUGCUCAUGAGUUAGACAUGGGUUUUCAGUAUAGAUAAUGCCUUUUGGUUGUGGUUUUGCCAAAGGGUUGUUGCUACCCGAGAAUUGAGGAUAGGUUUGAUGUUCUUAACUCUGGAGGGGAUUACUGUGGCUCACUAUAAUUAAAAUGAUCAUUAUCUCACUUGAAAUACCUUGUUCUGUGUCGUUUU